AUUCUCGAAAUAUAUAUGGAAUGGUAGAAUAUAUUGCAAUGAGCUUCAUGUUUGCAGCAUUUAGGGGUGAGAAAAAUUAGCUUCAGGUGCAGAGACGAAAUUUAUAAUUCACUCUUUCAGCCAGCAUUUCUACCAUUGAUAGAUAUUUUAUUAGUUAUGGAAAAAGUGAGACACUUGGAAAUAACGCUCAAAGAUAUACAGCUAGCCACCAAAAACUUUAACAAAGAAAAUUUCAUUGCCAAAGGUGGAUUUGGGAGUGUUUAUAAGGGCGUACUCCAAUUAUCUGAUGGUGUCAUUGAUGUGGCUGUGAAGCGGUUAGACCCUGAAUCAGGACAAGGAAACCAUGAAUUCAUGAUGGAAAUUACAACUCUUUCCUGUUAUAGACACAAAAACCUCGUCUCUCUGGUUGGUUUUUGUGACGUCGACAAGGAAAAAAUACUUGUUUAUGAACGUGAGACUAAUGGAAGCCUUGACAAAUAUAUAGGAAACCCAAUCGACCUCAAUUGGAUUAAACGUCUGAAAAUAAGCAUUGGAGCUGCUCGUGGCUUAAAUUAUCUUCAUGAUGAAGUCGGACAACAACAUAGAAUUAUCCAUCGAGACAUAAAGAGUGCAAACAUCCUGAUCAGCAAGAACUGGGAAGCAAAGGUAGCUGAUUUUGGAUUAUCUAAAAUAGCUCCCGCAAAUAUACAAUACACUUUUCUUGUAACCGCUGCUGCUGGCACAUACGGCUAUCUAGAUCCGGUGUAUCAUCAUACUGGAGUUCUAACAAAGGAAUCAGACGUUUACUCGUUUGGGGUGGUGCUAUUUGAAAUCCUGUGUGGAAGAUUGGCAUAUGAAGAAGGAUAUGGUUUUCUUGGUCCAUUGGUUGAACGUAUGUAUACUACGAAGAAAUUGGAUGAUAUCAUUCUUCCUAAUUUGAGGAAACAAAUGAGUCUAAAUUCGCUUAACACAUUCGCAGCCAUUGCAUAUCAAUGCUUAAAGGUAAAUCGAAGUGAACGUCCAAGAAUGGCUCAGAUCAUUGAAAAACUCGAGAACGCAUAUAAAAUUCAAGCUUCUCUCAAACCAGCAGAAUUCGCUCGAGUUGGAAUAUGGGGAACUAAAUCUAGUGGAGGUCCCCAAAAUAUUUGGGAGUUCAUGCUUAAAAGAGAUCAUAAACUGAAGAUGAUAACUAUUGAUCAUGGUGUUUUAAUUUACUCUCUCAUGUUUACUACUGAAUCAAAGGGUAUUUUGUACACUUCCAAAAAGGCUGGUGGUUGGAAUGGUGGAGAAACAGUUUCUGAGGUUAUGUUUGAAGAUGAUGAGGAAAUCAUUGGCAUCAAUGGAACAGUGGGGGUAUCAACAGGGCAAUAUGCUGGUUACACAGUAAUUUCAUCACUAUCAUUUCUUUCGAACAAGAAGACUCAUGGACCUUUUGGUCGAGUAACAACUAAUCCUUUCUCUGUUCCAUUGGACAAAGGAAAUUUUGGUGGACUUUAUGGCCUUGCAGGCUACUAUAUUGAUGGAAUCGGUGUCUAUAUGAAGGCUUCUUCUGACGAAAUCACACAGGUUGGAUAUUGGGGAAUUAAAGCGCCUGGAGGUCCCCAAAACCAGUGGUCUUUCCAACUGGAGAGAAAUCAUCACCUGAAGAAGAUAACCAUAGAUCAUGGGGAUCUCAUAUACUCUCUCAUGUUCACUACCGAAUUUAGGGGAGAAGAGAAAACUUCUAACAAGGCUGGUGGUUGGAAAGGUGGAGACGUAAAGUCUAAGGUUACUUUUACGUGGGACGAGGAAAUUACUGCUAUCGAGGGAACAGUUGGUGUCUCAAGGGGAACCUAUGCUGGUAUUACGAUAAUAUCGUCACUCACAUUCAUCACCAACAAAAAAACGCAUGGACCUUAUGGUAGUGUAACAGGGACCCCUUUCACUGUACCAUGGGGCAAAGACUCAUUUGCUGGAUUUUUUGGCCGUUGUGGCUAUUAUAUAGAUGCCAUUGGUGUAUAUUUGAGAGCUACUAUAUAACUAAUUACUAGGUCAUGCUAAGGGUAAGGAAUAAAAAACCUUUUGUAGCUAUGAAAUGUUGGGAUCCUUUCACACCUUUAAUUUGUUACUAUAAAAUGUUGGCAUCCUUUUCACA